CGCCCCAGGUGGAGGCGGUGGCGAGCGGCGGCCGGUGCCGGUACCGGGACCAGGACUGGGGCGAGCGGACCGGGACCGGGGCCGCACCAGCACCGGGGUGAGGCAGGAGGAGCUUGGCCCUGCUCCGGGGCUCCCGUGCGUGAAGGACAGAGGAGGAGGAGGAGGACGAGGAAGGCUGCCGUGGGUGUUUGCCAUCGAGACGCGCUCCGUGGGAUCCCCACCACUCUUAUGAGCCUGACGACUGCUGCUGGCCUGAGAUGUCAGCGGGGGACAAGAACGGGGGCAGCCGCUCCAGCAGCAGCCGCCUGCAGAGCAAGAAGCCCCCCAACCUCUCCAUCAUCAUCCCCCCCCGGGAGGUGGAGGAGGAUGGUACCCGCAAGGAGCCCUCCAAGGUCCCCAUCUACAGAAAGAGCAAGAGCUUGCAGGAGCCCCGCUCGAAGGGAUCCGAUGGCUUGGAGCGCCGGCCCGGCUUCCGCCGGCAGACUUCCCUAUCCCAGAGCAUCCGAAAGGGCACGGCACAGUGGUUUGGUGUCAGCAGCGACUGGGAGGGGAAGCGGCAGCAGUGGCAACGCAAGAGCCUGCAGCACUGCAGCAUGAGGUACGGCAAGCUGAAGCCUGCCUACCGCGACAUGGAGCUGCCCAGCCAGGAGGUGCCCUCCUUCCAAGCCACCGAGUCACCCAAGCCCGCCAAGAUGCCCAAGAUCGUGGACCCGCUGGCCAGGGGCCGUCCCUUCCGCCACCCCGAUGACACCGACCGGCCCCACACACCCCACCACGUCCUGCCCCCGCUCACCCCUGGUGUUGUCUCCUUGGCCUCCUUCAACAGCAUCCGCUCGGGCUACAGCCGCCUCCCGCGCAGGAAGAGAGAGUCCGUGGCCCACAUGAGCUUCAAGGCGGCCGCAGCCCUUCUCCGUGGACGCUCUGUCCUGGAGCCGCUGGCUCCCAAGCAGAGGAACAAGAGGAGCUUCAUGUACCCCAGCUUCAUGGACGAGGACAUGGUGGAUGCUGCUGAUACCCUGGACUCAUCCUUCUUCAGUAAGAUGGACAUGCACGACGAGACGUACUCCAUGCCUGAUGAUGUCUUUGAGUCGCCACCUCUAUCAGCCACCUAUUUGCGGAUGCACCCAGUAGGGGAGGAUGCCAGGGUGUCCCCUGAGGUGGAGCAGCUCACCCCGCGGGAGGGUGCCCGGCUCCCAUCAGCCGGUGCCGGUGCUGGUGCUGGGCCAGCUCCACGGCGAGGCCGGCGCAUCGCUUCCAAAGUGAAGCACUUCGCCUUUGACCGCAAGAAGCGCUACUACGGGCUGGGGGUGGUGGGCAAGUGGCUCAACCGCACGUACCGGCGCAGCCUGAGCAGCAUCGUGCAGUCACAGCUGGAGAUCACCGACAGCCACCGGCCCUAUUUCACCUACUGGAUCACCUUUGUCCACAUCCUCAUCACCUUGCUGGUCAUUGGCACCUAUGGCAUCGCUCCCAUCGGCUUCACCCAGCACGUGACGACAGAGUUAGUGCUGAGGAACAAGGGUGUCUAUGAGAGCGUCAAGUACAUCCAGCAGGAAAACUUCUGGAUCGGUCCCAGCUCGAUCGACCUGAUCCACCUGGGAGCCAAGUUCUCCCCCUGCAUCCGGAAGGACCAGCAGGUGGAGCGGCUCAUCCAGCGCGAGCGGGAUCGGGAGCGUGGCUCGGGAUGCUGUGUCCAGAACGACAACUCGGGCUGCAUCCAGACCCUGCCGCAGGACUGCUCGGAGACGCUGGCAACGUUCAUCAAGUGGCCGGGCACCAAUGCACCAGCCUUGGGCUCAGGGGAGAAGAGGACGUCAGGGGCUGUAUGUCACCAGGACCCCAGAACAUGUGAGGAGCCAGCAUCCAACCCACCCCACGUGUGGCCAGAUGACAUCACCAAGUGGCCGAUCUGCACCUACGAGACCAAAACCAACCACAGCGGCUUCACCCACAUGGACUGCCAGAUCAAGGGCCGGCCCUGCUGCAUUGGCACCAAGGGCAGCUGUGAGAUUACGACGCGGGAAUACUGUGAGUUCAUGCACGGCUACUUCCAUGAGGAGGCAACGCUCUGCUCACAGGUGCACUGCCUGGAUGAGGUCUGUGGCCUCCUGCCCUUCCUCAACCCGGAGGUGCCCGAUCAGUUCUACCGCCUGUGGCUGUCCCUGUUCCUGCACGCUGGCAUCAUCCACUGCCUGGUGUCAGUGACUUUCCAGAUGACGGUGCUGAGGGACCUGGAGAAGCUGGCAGGCUGGCACCGCAUCUCCAUCAUCUUCAUCCUCAGCGGCAUCACUGGCAACCUGGCCAGUGCCAUCUUCCUGCCAUACAGAGCAGAGGUGGGCCCUGCUGGCUCCCAGUUUGGCUUGCUGGCCUGCCUCUUUGUGGAGCUCUUCCAGAGCUGGCAAGUGCUGGAGAAACCCUGGAAAGCCUUCCUCAACCUCUUCGGCAUCGUCCUCUUCCUCUUUGUCUGUGGUCUCUUGCCCUGGAUCGACAACAUCGCUCACCUCUUCGGCUUCCUCAGCGGCCUCCUCCUCUCCUUCGCCUUCCUGCCCUACAUCACCUUCGGCACGGUGGACAAGUACCGCAAGCGAGCCAUGAUCAUCGUCUCCUUGCUGGUGUUCGUGGGGCUCUUCGCCUCGCUGGUGGUGUGGCUCUACGUGUACCCGGUGAACUGGCGCUGGGUGGAAUACCUGACCUGCCUGCCCUUCACCAGCAAGUUCUGCGAGAAGUACGAGCUGGAGCAGGUCCUGCACUGACCGCUGGUAGGGAUGGUGCUGGGAGAGGCACCACUGGUGAUGCUGCCCAUGGAGGGGUCCCCACCAGCCCCUGGAGAUGCUCCAGGAUGGGGCUGACCCUGAGCAGGGCUCAUCCUUGGACUCACCCCUCUUAAACACUGGGUGUGCAGUGGGGAGUGGGGCUGGAGCCAGCCCUGCACCCCUUUGGGGCUGAAAAGCCCAUAGCUGGUUUGGGGACCGACCCCAACUGUUGCUUGUGUGUGGAAGGGCUCAAGGGAAGUGGGAUUUUGGUGCACACAGGGCUCCCAGCCUUGGGGGGGGGGGGAUGUUGCUGGGGUGCUCUGCCUGUGCCCCUGCCUGUGUCACUGCCUGUGUCCCUGCCUGUCCCGGUCCCAUCCCACCUCAGUGCCCCGGGUGCUGCAGCUCAUACUGUGAACACGACCCCCUUUUUGCAGCUCUUUAUGCCCAGGGGUUCCCCACUUUGGUCUGCCCAGGGUCUGUGCUGUGGCUCUGAGGUGUUCAGAGCUGGGCUUUGAAGGUGUUUGUCAGUCCUGCUCUCUAUGUCCUGUUCCCCUGAGGCAAUGGAAGGAGAUGUGUGCUUCCUCAAGGGCUGGAUGGAGAGGCAGGACUUGGGGCAGGGGCGUUUCUGUUCCCCUCAUUUCAGUGAAAUUCCCAUUUUGGAAGCAGAGGGGCUGCAUGUGCUGUGUUCAUAGAGCCAUGCCAGGAGGUAGGCAUGGAGGAAAACACCCUGCGUGCCUGUGUGGCUGCUCCUGAAGCCCAGAGACCCCUCAGGAAGCUGUCUGUGCUCCCCUCUUCUGCUGCUGCCUCCAGUCCCUGUUGUUACCCCUUUCCUCCUUCACAGCACAGAGACCCAGGAGCCAUCAUACCUCGAACGGUGCAGACAGAAGUGCAGGAUGGGGCAGUCUCCAUCCUCCUCCCCUGCCUGCCCCAGCCCUGGCUGAUGCUCCCCAGCAUCCCCCCAUCCCUGCCGCUGGCCGCAGUGUGAAGGCAGGUCCUUCCUGGGGCCACUGACCCCUCUGGGCUGGUUUGGAGCCAGGCUGUCUCUCCCUGGUGUGUGUUGCUUUGGUGCUGGUGGGUCUCAGCACUGUUCAAUGGGGGAAGGUGGGAAAGCCCCAGCUGGGGUGUCCUGGGAUGAGUAUUCAAGGGCUGGGAGCUCGGCUCCCUCUGUCCACAGCUGCUCCCGGGAUGAGCCUGGGAGCAAUGUGGCACUUCCUCCCUGCAUCCUUCCCUGCAUCCUUCUCUCCUCCAUGGGCCAGUUUUCACUCCCACCCCUCCCAUUGCUGCUCCAGCCAAAGAUGAACACUUCACCUCAUUUGUCUCUUUUUGAUACUUUUUUAAAAGCUGUGGGUUUUUUCCCUUCCUUAAUAAAUUUCUACCUGUAUUUAAUGAGCCACAAA